UUGUCGUCCACUCCUGCCAUCUUCCUCGCUUCGCCCCAAAUCCAUUCCCCUCCGCCCCCUUCCCGUUGUCGAACAAACCUUCUGCACCCCGAUCCGGCCUAGUUCGCUGGCGUCUCCACCCGAUCGACUCCACUGCAGUAUGCUAUAGCCCGUGGAGCCUGGGGCGUUGGUUGUCCGGCAGUCGAUUCCCGCGGGAUCUGCCGGGGCGCCCGGAGCCGGAGAAGGCGACGAUGUCAACCCCUGCAAGGAAGAGGCUGAUGAGGGAUUUCAAACGACUGAUGCAGGAUCCUCCUGCGGGCAUAAGUGGUGCACCUCAGGAUAACAAUAUAAUGCUGUGGAAUGCUGUAAUUUUUGGUCCUGAUGAUACUCCCUGGGAUGGUGGUACGUUCAAGCUGACACUUCAGUUUACUGAAGAUUAUCCUAAUAAGCCACCUACAGUGCGGUUUGUUUCUCGAAUGUUUCAUCCCAAUAUUUAUGCAGAUGGAAGCAUAUGUUUAGAUAUUCUCCAAAACCAGUGGAGCCCGAUAUAUGAUGUAGCUGCUAUAUUGACAUCCAUUCAGUCACUGCUUUGCGACCCAAACCCAAAUUCACCUGCCAACUCAGAAGCCGCCCGCCUAUUCAGCGAGAACAAGCGGGAAUACAACCGUAAAGUACGCGAGGUUGUGGAGCAAAGCUGGACUGCAGACUAA